UCACGAGGUUCUUCCUUUCCCAGCCUGCACCGUUGCCCAGGGUGAGUGCGUGGCUUUGAUGGACUGGUGAAGUUUCUCAAAAUUCUCUCACAGUCAGUCAAUUUUGAGUUUCACUAGAAAGCCACCGACAUGCCGGCGUAUUUCCAGCGCCCAGAGAAUGCUCUGAAACGAGCGAACGAGUUUCUUGAGGUUGGCAAGAAGCAGCCAGCCUUGGACGUUUUGUACGAUGUCAUCAAGAGCAAGAAACAUCGAACAUGGCAGAAGAUCCACGAGCCCAUUAUGCUCAAGUACCUGGAGCUCUGCGUGGACCUACGCAAGAGCCACCUGGCCAAGGAGGGUCUCUACCAAUACAAGAACAUCUGCCAGCAGGUGAAUAUCAAAUCUCUGGAGGAUGUGGUCAGAGCUUACCUGAAGUUGGCAGAGGAGAAGACUGAGACGGCCAAGGAGGAGUCCCAGCAGAUGGUCCUGGACAUCGAAGAUCUGGACAACAUCCAGACUCCAGAAAGUGUGCUCCUGAGCGCUGUGAGUGGGGAGGACACUCAGGAUCGUACCGAUCGUCUGCUCCUCACUCCCUGGGUGAAGUUCCUGUGGGAGUCCUACCGUCAGUGCCUGGACCUGCUGAGAAAUAACUCCAAGGUGGAGCGCCUGUACCAUGACAUCGCCCAGCAAGCGUUCAAGUUCUGCCUCCAGUACACCAGGAAAGCAGAGUUCCGCAAGCUUUGCGACAACCUGCGCAUGCACCUGGGUCAGAUCCAGCGCCACCACAACCAGAGCACCGCCAUCAACCUUAACAACCCCGAGAGCCAGUCCAUGCACCUGGAGACACGUCUGGUGCAGCUGGACAGCGCCAUAAGCAUGGAGCUCUGGCAGGAAGCGUUCAAGGCUGUUGAGGACAUCCACGGCCUCUUUGCUCUUUCCAAGAAGCCUCCUAAGCCCCAGCUGAUGGCCAACUACUACAACAAGGUGUCGACUGUGUUCUGGAAAUCUGGAAAUGCUCUCUUCCACGCCUGCACCCUCCACCGGCUCUAUCACUUGUCUAGGGAGAUGCGUAAGAAUCUGACCCAAGAUGAGAUGCAGAGGAUGUCCACCAGAGUCCUCCUGGCCACGCUGUCUAUUCCCAUCACUCCCGAGCGCACCGACAUUGCUCGGCUGCUGGACAUGGAUGGCAUCAUUGUGGAGAAACACCGUAGACUGGCCACCCUGCUGGGCCUGCAGUCUCCCCCAACCCGCCAGAGUCUCAUCAACGACAUGGUGAGAUUUAACCUGCUGCAGUAUGUGGUACCUGAUGUGAAAGAACUUUACAACUGGCUUGAGGUAGACUUCCAUCCUCUGAAGCUGAGUGGAAGAGUGACCAAGGUGUUGAACUGGGUGAGGGACCAGGCUGAGAAGGAAGCUGAUCUGCAGCAGUACGUCCCACACCUGCAGAACAACACCAUCCUCAGGCUCCUGCAGCAGGUUGCACAGAUCUAUCAAAGCAUCGAGUUCAGCCGCCUGGCCUCCCUGGUUCCAUUCGUGGACGCCUUCCAGCUGGAGCGCUCCAUCGUGGAUGCUGCACGGCACUGUGAUCUGCAGGUCCGAAUUGACCACUCUUCUAAAACGCUGAGCUUUGGCUCAGACCUGAACUAUUCGACCAAAGAAGACGCUCCUGUUGGACCUUUCCUACAGAACAUGCCGUCAGAGCAGAUAAGGAAUCAGCUGACUGCGAUGUCGUCUUCCUUGGCUAAAGCCAUCCAGGUCAUUAAGCCUGCCUCCAUCCUGCAAGAACGCGAGGAGCAGAACCAGCAGGCCAUCGCCGCCUACCUGAAGAACGCCCGUAAGGAUCACCAGCGCAUCCUGGCCCGUAGGCAGACCAUCGAGGAGCGUAAGGAGCGCCUGGAGAGCCUCAACAUUCAGCGCGAGAAGGAAGAGCUGGAGCAGCGGGAGGCUGAGAUGCAGAAGGUUCGCAAGGCCGAAGAGGAGCGUCUGCGGCAGGAGGCCAAAGAGAGGGAGAAGGAGCGCAUCAUGCAGGAGCACGAGCAGAUCAAGAAGAAGACGGUCCGCGAACGACUGGAGCAGAUCAAGAAGACUGAACUCGGUGCCAAGGCCUUCAAGGAUAUUGACAUUGAGGACCUGGAGGAGCUGGAUCCUGACUUCAUUAUGGCCAAACAGGUGGAGCAGCUGGAGAAAGAAAAGAAGGAGCUUCAGGAGCGUCUCAAGAACCAGGAGAAGAAGAUUGACUACUUCGAGAGGGCGAAACGCCUCGAGGAGAUUCCUCUCAUCAAAAAAGCUUAUGAGGAGCAGCGUAUCAAGGACAUGGAACUGUGGGAGCUCCAGGAGGAGGAGAGGAUCAGUAACAUGAAAGUUGAACGGGAGAAGGCUCUGGAGCACAAGAAGCGCAUGUCCAGGAUGAUGGAGGACAAGGAAAACUUCCUGUCUAAAAUAACCGCGGCCCGUAGCUUCAUUUACGAGGAAAAACUGAAAGCAUUCCAGGAGCGUAUGGUGGAGGAGAGGAAGAAGCGACUGGAGGAAAGGAAGAGGCAGCGCAAAGAGGACAGGCGUAACAACUACUACCGCCAGAAGGAGGAGGAGGCGCAGCGCAUCCACGAGGAGCAGCUCAAGAAAGAGCGUGAGGAGCGUGAACGCAUUGAACAAGAGCAGCGAGAGGAGGAGGAGAGGGAGUACCAGGAGCGUCUCCGCAAGCUGGAGGAGCAGGAGAGGAAGCAGCGCGCUCGUCAGCAGGAGAUCGAGGAGCGCGAGCGUCGCCGCGAGGAGGAGAGAAAGGGCCCAACAGAGGAGAAAGCCACCAAGGACUGGAGUGAGAAGGAAGAGGGAGGAUGGAGGAAGCGCACAGAAGGAGGCGAUUCCGAAUGGCGUCGUCCUGUGCCCGACAAGGACUGGAGAGCGGAGGGCCGAGAAGAUGACAAGGAGGAGAAAGAGGCGCCCUUCAGGCGAGCAGAAGGUCCUCGCAGAGAUGACAGAGGACCUCGCCGCGUCUUUGACGAUGACCGUCCUCCACGCAGAGCGUUUGAUGACGACCGCGGCCCCAGGAGGGGUGGAGAUGAGGACCGUGGUCCAAGGAGGGGUGGAGAUGAAGACCGUGCCCCGAGACGCGGCUUCGAUGACGAUCGUCCCAGACGUGGCUUCGAUGACGACCGUCCGAGACGCGGCUUCGAUGACGAUCGCCCGAGACGCGGCUUCGACGACGAUCGUCCCAGACGCGGCUUUGAUGACGAUCGUCCCAGACGCGGCUUCGAUGACGAUCGUCCCAGACGCGGCUUUGAUGACGAUCGUCCGAGACGCGGCUUCGAUGACGACAGAGCUCCUCGUAGAGGUAUGGAUGACCGGGGUCCUAGGCGUGGAAUUGAUGAUGACUGGGGUCCCAGAAGAGGAGGAGAUGAAAGGAGAGGCAUGGAUGAUGGGCCACGCCGUGGUGGUGAUGAUGCCAAGCCCUGGAAACCCCUGGGAAGACCAGGCGAUACUGUUGCAGGUGGCUGGCGUGAGCGGGAGAAGGCCCGAGAGGAGAGCUGGGGACCUCCCCGUGGUGGCGAAAACGAUGACGCAGAGGACGGCGAAGGAGAGGAAAGAUCCAGCGACCGCUUCAGGGACCGUCGUCCAAACAGAGAGGAGAGCGCCUGGAGGAGAGGAGGCACAGAGGAAACGAGCAGCUGGAGGGAAAGCCGCAAAGACGACGCCGACCGUGACGAUCGCCGCCCUGAACGCCGUGAGCGACGGGACGACCGGGAAAGAGUUCCACCCAGAGAAGAAGACGCAGGUGGCACUUGGCGUCGUGCAGGUGAUGAUAAGCGCGAGGACAGGGACCGCACCAGAGAAAAAGAAAAGGAGCCCGAAGGAGAGAAGGGUUGGCGUACCGACAAAGACAACCCUCGUCGCACAAAGAACGAGACGGACGAUGACGGCUGGACCACCGUUCGCCGCUGAGCCUCAACUCCCACCUCACUCAAUUAUACUUGGUUUAUUAGCAAAAGAAAAAUACUCAGUAUCCCAUCAGCCAGCUGGACACAGCGCUGAAUUAACGGCUAUAAGCUUGAUACUCAUGCCUAAUACCUUUUUGAAUUAAAUCUUUGUAAACAGUA